CCUAUGCAGAAUAAAUGGUAAUUAAAAUGUGCAGGAUGACAAGAUGGAGCAAACAGUGCUUGUACCACCGGGACCUGACAGCUUCAACUACUUCACCAGAGAAUCUCUUGCAGCUAUUGAACAACGCAUUGCAGAAGAGAAAGCUAAGAAUCCAAAACCAGACAAGAAAGACGAUGACGAAAACGGCCCAAAACCAAAUAGUGACUUGGAAGCUGGAAAGUCCCUUCCGUUUAUUUAUGGAGACAUUCCACCCGGAAUGGUGUCUGAGCCCUUGGAGGACCUGGACCCAUAUUAUAUCAAUAAAAAAACUUUUAUAGUAUUGAAUAAAGGGAAGGCAAUCUUCCGAUUCAGUGCCACUUCUGCCCUGUACAUUUUAACUCCCUUCAAUCCUCUUAGGAAAAUAGCUAUUAAGAUUUUGGUACAUUCAUUAUUCAGCAUGCUUAUUAUGUGCACUAUUUUGACAAACUGCGUGUUUAUGACAAUGAGCAAUCCUCCUGACUGGACGAAGAAUGUAGAGUAUACUUUCACAGGAAUAUAUACAUUUGAAUCACUUAUAAAAAUCAUUGCCAGGGGUUUCUGUUUAGAAGAUUUCACUUUUCUCCGGGAUCCAUGGAACUGGCUUGAUUUCACUGUCAUUACAUUUGCAUAUGUGACAGAGUUUGUGGACCUGGGCAAUGUCUCAGCGUUGAGAACAUUCAGAGUUCUCCGAGCAUUGAAAACAAUUUCAGUCAUUCCAGGCUUGAAGACUAUUGUGGGGGCUCUGAUUCAGUCAGUGAAGAAGCUUUCUGAUGUCAUGAUCCUGACUGUGUUUUGUCUGAGUGUAUUUGCUCUCAUUGGACUACAGUUGUUCAUGGGCAACCUGAGGAAUAAAUGUGUACAAUGGCCUCCCACCAAUUCCUCUUAUGAGGAACACACUAUUGAAAAGAAUGUUACUAUGGAUUACAAUGGCACCCUUGUGAAUGAAACCAUCUUUGAGUUUGACUGGAAAUCUUACAUUGAAGAUGAAAAAUAUUUUUAUGUUCUGGAAGGAUAUAUGGAUGCGCUCCUCUGUGGUAACAGCUCAGAUGCCGGCCAGUGUCCAGAAGGAUAUAUGUGUGUAAAAACUGGCCGAAAUCCUAAUUAUGGUUACACAAGCUUUGAUACGUUCAGCUGGGCUUUCUUGUCCCUGUUUCGACUGAUGACUCAGGACUUCUGGGAAAACCUUUAUCAGCUGACACUACGUGCAGCUGGCAAGACAUACAUGAUAUUUUUUGUCCUGGUCAUUUUCUUGGGCUCUUUCUACCUUAUAAAUUUGAUCCUGGCUGUGGUUGCCAUGGCUUAUGAGGAGCAGAAUCAGGCCACCUUGGAAGAGGCAGAGCAGAAGGAGGCUGAGUUUCAGCAGAUGCUGGAACAGCUUAAGAAGCAACAGGAAGCAGCUCAGGCAGCAGCAGCAGCCACUGCCUCUGAGCAUUCCAGAGAACCCAGCGCAGCAGGUGGCCUCUCAGAGAGUUCUUCAGAAGCUUCAAAGCUCAGUUCAAAGAGUGCAAAAGAAAGAAGGAACAGGCGGAAGAAAAGAAAACAGAAAGAACAGUCAGGUGGAGAAGAGAAAGAUGAGGAUGAAUUCCACAAAUCUGAAUCUGAAGAGAGUAUUAGGAGGAAAGGCUUCCGAUUCUCCAUUGAAGGGAACCGAUUGACCUAUGAAAAGAGGUACUCCUCCCCACACCAGUCCUUGUUGAGCAUUCGUGGCUCCCUGUUUUCUCCAAGGCGCAACAGCAGAACAAGCCUUUUCAGCUUUAGAGGGCGAGCAAAGGAUGUGGGAUCUGAGAAUGACUUUGCUGAUGAUGAACACAGCACAUUUGAGGACAAUGAAAGCAGGAGAGAUUCCCUCUUUGUGCCCCGCCGCCAUGGAGAAAGGCGCAACAGUAACAUAAGUCAGGCCAGUAGAUCAUCCCGGAUGCUGGCGGUGUUUCCAGUGAAUGGGAAGAUGCACAGCACUGUAGAUUGCAAUGGUGUGGUUUCCUUGGUUGGUGGACCUUCAGCUCCUACAUCGCCUGUUGGACAGCUUCUGCCAGAGGGCACAACUACGGAAACAGAACUUAAAAAGAGAAGGUCAAGUUCUUUCCAUGUUUCCAUGGAUUUUCUAGAAGAUCCUACCCAAAGGCAAAGAGCAAUGAGUAUAGCCAGUAUAUUAACCAAUACUGUGGAAGAACUUGAAGAAUCCAGACAGAAGUGCCCACCCUGCUGGUAUAAAUUUUCCAACAUUUUCUUAAUCUGGGAUUGUUCCCCACACUGGUUGAAAGUGAAACACAUUGUCAAUCUAAUUGUGAUGGAUCCAUUUGUUGACCUGGCAAUUACCAUCUGCAUUGUCUUAAAUACGCUGUUCAUGGCCAUGGAACAUUAUCCAAUGACUCCUCAUUUCAAUAAUGUGCUUUCAGUAGGAAACUUGGUCUUUACUGGGAUCUUCACGGGAGAAAUGUUUCUGAAGAUAAUUGCCAUGGACCCCUAUUAUUAUUUUCAAGAAGGCUGGAACAUCUUUGAUGGUUUUAUUGUGACCCUUAGUUUAGUAGAACUCGGACUGGCCAAUGUGGAAGGAUUAUCUGUUCUCCGUUCUUUUCGACUGCUCCGAGUUUUCAAGUUGGCAAAGUCUUGGCCAACACUAAAUAUGCUGAUAAAGAUCAUUGGCAACUCAGUGGGAGCUCUGGGAAACCUGACAUUGGUGUUGGCCAUUAUUGUUUUUAUUUUUGCUGUGGUUGGCAUGCAGCUCUUUGGUAAAAGCUACAAAGAUUGUGUCUGCAAGAUUGCCCCUGACUGUGAACUUCCACGCUGGCACAUGCAUGACUUCUUUCAUUCCUUCCUGAUUGUGUUCCGGGUACUAUGUGGAGAAUGGAUAGAGACCAUGUGGGACUGUAUGGAAGUUGCUGGCCAAGCCAUGUGUCUUACUGUUUUCAUGAUGGUCAUGGUGAUUGGAAAUCUAGUGGUACUGAACUUGUUUCUGGCCUUACUACUGAGUUCAUUUAGUGCAGACAACCUUGCUGCUACAGAUGAUGAUAACGAAAUGAACAACCUCCAGAUUGCUGUGGAUCGAAUGCAUCGGGGAGUAGCUUAUGUGAAAAGGAAAAUAUACGAAUUCAUUCAGCAGGCCUUUGUCAGAAAACAGAAGGUUUUAGAUGAAAUCAAACCACUUGAUGAUCUGAACAACAAGAAAGAUAGCUGCAUGUCCAAUCACACAACAGAAGCAGGAAAAGAUCUUGAUUAUCUGAAAGAUGCCAAUGGGACUACAAGUGGGAUUGGGACAGGCAGCAGUGUGGAAAAAUAUAUAAUUGAUGAAAGUGAUUACAUGUCAUUCAUAAACAACCCCAGCCUCACAGUAACAGUGCCAAUUGCUGUUGGAGAAUCUGACUUUGAAAAUUUAAACACAGAAGACUUCAGCAGCGAAUCAGAUCUGGAAGAAAGCAAAGAGAAACUCAAUGAGAGCAGCAGCUCAUCUGAAGGCAGCACGGUAGACAUUGGGCUUCCCGAGGAGGAACAGCCUGUAGCAGAGCCUGAAGAAGCCCUUGAACCUGAAGCCUGUUUCACUGAAGGCUGUGUACGAAGGUUCAAAUGCUGUCAAGUCAGCGUGGAAGAAGGCAGAGGAAAACAGUGGUGGAACCUGAGAAAAACCUGUUUCAGGAUAGUUGAACAUAACUGGUUUGAGACUUUCAUUGUUUUCAUGAUUCUUCUCAGUAGUGGUGCUCUGGCAUUUGAAGACAUUUACAUUGAACAGCGCAAGACUAUUAAAAUCAUGUUGGAAUAUGCUGACAAAGUUUUCACUUACAUCUUCAUUCUAGAAAUGCUUCUAAAGUGGGUGGCAUACGGCUAUCAAACUUAUUUCACUAAUGCCUGGUGUUGGUUAGACUUUUUGAUUGUUGAUGUCUCUUUGGUUAGUUUAACAGCAAAUGCCUUGGGCUACUCAGAACUUGGUGCCAUUAAAUCCCUCAGAACACUAAGAGCUCUGAGACCUCUUAGAGCCCUAUCAAGAUUUGAGGGAAUGAGGGAUAAUCUUUCUCCAACUUGGAUGGGGUGGAGCGCUGGUUCCUCCCCUCAACCCUUUAUAAUGGGUACUGUGGUUGUGAAUGCCCUCUUAGGAGCCAUUCCCUCCAUCAUGAAUGUGCUUCUGGUUUGUCUUAUAUUCUGGCUAAUUUUCAGCAUCAUGGGAGUCAAUCUGUUUGCCGGCAAGUUCUACCACUGUGUUAAUACCACAACUGGUGAUAUGUUUGACAUCUCAGAAGUCUAUAAUCGGUCUCAGUGUUUGGAACUUAUAGAAAGAAAUGAGACUGCCCGGUGGAAAAACGUUAAAGUAAACUUUGAUAAUGUAGGAUUUGGGUAUCUCUCUUUACUUCAAGUAGCCACAUUUAAAGGAUGGAUGGACAUUAUGUAUGCAGCUAUUGACUCAAGAAAUGUGGAACUACAGCCCAAAUAUGAAGACAACCUUUACAUGUAUCUUUACUUUGUUAUUUUCAUCAUCUUUGGGUCAUUCUUCACCUUGAAUCUGUUCAUUGGUGUCAUCAUUGAUAAUUUCAAUCAACAAAAAAAGAAGUUUGGAGGCCAGGACAUCUUCAUGACAGAGGAGCAGAAGAAAUACUACAAUGCAAUGAAAAAACUGGGGUCCAAGAAACCACAAAAGCCAAUACCACGGCCAGGGAACAAAUUCCAGGGAAUGGUCUUUGAUUUUGUAACCAGACAAGUCUUUGAUAUCAGCAUAAUGAUUCUCAUCUGCCUCAAUAUGGUCACCAUGAUGGUAGAGACUGAUGAUCAAAGUGAAGAAAUGACUAGCAUUCUGUCCCGGAUUAACCUGGUGUUCAUUGUCCUCUUCACUGGAGAAUGUGUGCUGAAGAUGAUCUCCCUCCGCCAUUACUACUUCACCAUAGGAUGGAACAUUUUUGAUUUUGUGGUGGUCAUUCUAUCCAUUGUAGGCAUGUUUCUAGCAGAGCUGAUAGAAAAAUAUUUCGUGUCCCCUACCCUGUUCCGUGUAAUCCGUCUUGCCAGGAUCGGAAGAAUCCUUCGUCUCAUCAAAGGAGCUAAGGGAAUCCGAACACUUCUCUUUGCUUUGAUGAUGUCCCUCCCUGCUCUGUUUAACAUUGGGCUCCUUCUCUUCCUGGUCAUGUUUAUCUAUGCUAUCUUUGGAAUGUCCAACUUUGCCUAUGUCAAGAGGGAAGUUGGAAUUGAUGACAUGUUCAAUUUUGAAACCUUUGGCAACAGCAUGAUCUGCCUCUUCCAAAUUACCACAUCUGCUGGUUGGGAUGGUUUGCUUGCACCCAUUCUUAACAGUGGACCACCAGAUUGUGACCCUCAAAAAGUUCACCCUGGAAGCUCUGUCAAAGGAGAUUGUGGGAACCCCUCUGUUGGGAUUUUCUUUUUUGUUAGUUACAUCAUUAUCUCAUUCCUGGUGGUAGUAAACAUGUACAUCGCUGUUAUCCUAGAAAACUUCAGUGUUGCUACUGAAGAGAGUGCUGAGCCACUCAGUGAGGAUGACUUUGAGAUGUUUUAUGAGGUUUGGGAGAAGUUUGAUCCUGAUGCUACUCAAUUCAUGGAAUUCGAAAAACUUUCUCAGUUUGCAGCUGCUCUAGAUCCGCCUCUCAAUUUGCCACAACCAAACAAAAUUCAACUUAUUGCCAUGGAUCUGCCCAUGGUAAGUGGGGACCGAAUUCACUGCCUUGACAUCCUAUUUGCUUUUACAAAGCGUGUUUUGGGAGAGAGUGGAGAGAUGGAUGCCCUCCGAAUACAGAUGGAAGAGAGGUUCAUGGCUUCUAAUCCUUCCAAAGCCUCCUAUGAGCCAAUUACCACAACACUGAAACGAAAACAAGAAGAAGUGUCUGCUGUUAUCAUUCAACGGGCUUACAGACGUCACCUUUUAAAGCGAACGGUAAAACAAGCCUCAUUUACUUAUAACAAAAAUAAACUCAAAGGUGGGGCAAACCUUCUGGUGAAAGAAGACAUUCUUAUUGAAAACUCUAUCACAGAAAAAACAGAUCUGACCAUGUCCACAGCAGCUUGCCCACCUUCCUAUGACCGAGUAACAAAGCCAAUCCUGGAGAAACAUGAGAGGGAAGACAAAGAUGACAAGGCCAAGGGAAAGUAAACUAAAGCAAAUAAAAAUGAUUGCGUGACAAAUUGUUUACAGUCUAGGAAGGUGAUGUAUUUUUGUCAACAAGACUCCAUUCAGAGGUCUAUGCCAAACUGACUGUUUUUACAAAAAUAUACUCUAAGGUCAGUGCCUAUAAUAAGACAGUGACCCCUCGUCAGCAAACUGUGACUCUGCAUAAAGAGGAGACCACCUUGACAAGAGGUUACUGUUCUUACUACCAGCUGACACUGCUGAAGAGAAGAGACAAAUGGCUACUCAGACUGUAGGGACCAGUUUAAAAGGGGGUGCAAACCUAAAAUUUUGGGUGGGGGUAACAUAAAAUACUUUAGUAUAGUAAUUGUAUCCACUGUUUGCAUCUCAACUGCCACAUUUGUCAUAUUUUUACAAAAUCUGUUAGUGGAUUCAUCUUUUUUUUAAUUCAUAUGUUGUUUAUUAUAUGUGACUGUUAUAUGUGACUAUUUUUGUAAAUGGGGUUUAUGUUGGGAAACGGGGUUGAGAACUACUUUACAGGUAUGACCUCUGAGGGUUCUACCCUAUGGAUCCUCCAAUAUACACAAAGAAAUGGUUUGCAUGAAGGCAUGCUGCACUUAGAGAUCAUGCAUGAGAAAAAGUUACAAGGAAACCAAUGGAUUUUUCAAUUACUUCAGUGUUUCUGGGAGGGGAGUUGGGUAAUAAAUUGGAGGUGCUUAUCUGAUUGUGUUUGAUCAAAGCCAGAUAAGUCUUUUUAUACCCAGAAAGCCUCCCCCAUCCCCACCCAAGAACAUAAUAAGUGGAUCGUUUUUAGGCAGGUCAUUAUAUCUCAGUAGGUGCAAACUUCAUACAAACGUCUGGAGUCACACAUGUUAUGUUUUUUCUUUAUUGUGUAAAACAGAACACUGAAUAAUUUAAUGAGGCUGCCCCUGGAAAACAGAAUUGACCAAAAGAGCCCUUUAUAAAGUUCUGCUUAAUCCUGUACUUUGUUUAGCCAUCUUCAGCUCUCAACAAGGUUGACAUGUCUGUGUUAACAAAACGCCCUGUGUUAUGUAAAUAGACAUUUUACUCUGUGGUGCAUGUUUGAGCAAACAAAUAAUGACCAGAGCACAGUAUUUAUUGCAUCAAAUAUGUACCACAAGAAGUGUAGAGUGCAAGCUUUCAACAGGUAAUAUAAUGUAUUCUGUACCAUUAGAGAUAGUUUGGAUGCUAUCAAUGCAUGUUUAUAUUGCCUAUGCUGCUGUAUCCUGCUCUUUCCACUGCUGAGACUCUCCUAUAUGGGAAACCAUAUGUCAGUGGUAAAGUCAUGGAACUUGUUCAACAGAGCUCAUUCCUUUAAAUCAUUAAGCAAUAGUUUGCAGCACUUUAAGAGCUUUGGGGUUUGUAUUUUUAAAUUUUAAGUAAAUAACUUAUGGUGUAUAGCCAGACUUGUACAGACAUGAUACAAACUGCUUAAACUGUUAAAAAUGUGUUUAGAAUUUUAUAACCAAAUAUAAAUACUG